AUGACGGUGGACACUAAGCCUACCUUCACUAUCUACUACGGGACCUUUGUAAACCCGGUUUCUAUCAGCGACCUCGAGUACGUUGUAACAGGCGCCAUUGGCGUGAAUGACAAAUCCGGCACGAUUGAGUUCGUAGAACGCAAUGUUUCCAGCGUAGACCAGGUUCUGGCCGAUAAGGCAUCUCUUCUUGUCCAAUAUACAGUCAAUGUGAUUUCAAACACUGAUAAGCAAGCAUCCUUUUUCUUUCCUGGAUUUUUUGACACUCAUAUACACGCACCGCAAUACCCCAACUGCGGUAUCUUUGGCAAGUCAACUCUUCUCGACUGGCUCGAAACUUAUACAUUUCCCUUGGAGUCAUCUUUAUCAAACAUUGAUAAGGCCAAAUUUGUUUACAACAAGGUGAUUGACCGAACUUUGCGCAGUGGUACAACGACGGCAUCGUACUAUGCAACUGUUCAUGUCGGUGCAACCAAGGCACUAGCUGAUGUUGCGCUUGAGCGCGGACAGCGCGCUUUUGUAGGCCGCGUGUGCAUGACACAAAACUCUCCGGAUUAUUACUGCGACGCUAGUGAGGAAGCGGCCCAGGCGGCCGAUCUCGAAGUUAUUGACUACGUGACUGGGCUGGACCCGACGCGCGAGCGGGUUGCACCAAUCUUGACACCUCGGUUUGCUCCAUCAUGCACUCCAGCAACCAUGAAGUGGAUGGGCCAGGUGAUGCAUGAGCGGGACUUGGCGUGCCAGACCCAUCUCUCAGAAAAUGUCAAGGAGAUUGCAUGGGUCAAAGAAUUGUUUCCGGAGAAUGAUAGCUACACAGAUGUUUACGACAAGGCUGGAAUUCUUGGGAAACGCACAAUUUUGGCGCACUGUGUACAUCUGAGUGAUACUGAAGUGGCAACCAUUAAGGCGCGUGGAAGUGGAAUUUCACACUGCCCGACUUCCAACUCGAGCAUCACUAGUGGUGAGGCACCGAUGCGCCGCUACCUUGAUGCUGGGGUCAAGUGUAGUCUGGGGACUGAUUUAAGCGGUGGUUAUGCGCCCAGUGUGCUGGAGGUUGCGCGACAAGCAUUGCUUGUGUCUCGCCACGUUGCCAUGAAAAGCUCCAGAGGUGAUGCAGAUAAGCUGAGCGUGGCCGAGGUAUUAUGUUUGGGUACUAUUGGUGGAGCACAAGUGUGCGAGAUGGCUGAUCAGUUGGGUAGCUUUGAGGUAGGCAAGAAGUGGGAUGCACAGCUGAUUGAUCUUGAGGUUGAGAACUCUCCUGUGGAUGUUUUUGAAUGGCAAGAGCCUCGGAUUGGAGAGGGAGGUGAGGAUUUGAACAGAUUGGAAAACCUAGUUGCCAAAUGGCUUUUUGGUGGUGAUGAUCGUAAUGUGUCUCGCGUCUGGGUUGACGGUCGCCAGGUGAUUGGGAGCAAGUAA